AUGUUAGUCUCAAUUCAUAUCCUUUCAUCAUCAUCAUCAUCAUCAUCAUCAUCAUCAUCAUCAUCAUCAUCAUCAUCAUCAUCAUCAUCAUCAUCAUCAUCAUCAUCAUCAUCAUCAUCAUCAUCAUCAUCAUCAUCAUCAUCAUCAUCAUCAUCAUCAUCAUCAUCAUCAUCAUCAUCAUCAUCAUCAUCAUCAUCAUCAUCAUCAUCAUCAUCAUCAUCAUCAUCAUCAUCAUCAUCAUCAUCAUCAUCAUCAUCAUCAUCAUCAUCAUCAUCAUCAUCAUCAUCAUCAUCAUCAUCAUCAUCAUCAUCAUCAUCAUCAUCCAACAUCAUUUAG